AUGAUGCAAGAGCCAGAGAAAAAAGAGCAGCCCAAAUCUGACUCGACAGGAAAGGUUGCUAGGCAACCUCGAAAUACUUCACUUUAUUUCGAAAAAGGGAAGUUCAACUUCAUUGCAAUUAAUGCUUUAUCAUCAUCAGAAAUCCAAAAUAUCUUAGCCUAUCAUGCUCGAAGUCUAAAGAGGAUUGUUAACUCAGAGAAUGAAGAAAGUGAAAGCAUGAAAGACGUUAUUGACCUUCUCAGAGCCUUGGCACUUGCUUGCGAAGCGGGUAAAUCAGAAAGUUUGAGCAAAAUCCUUUCAGCAAUUAGAGGUUCUAAAUUUCUCAGCCAUGACCUACCAAACAUUCUCCGGCAAAUGCAGCAGCAAGAAGAAGAAGAAGAAGGUAUAAAUGACCAAGAUAAAAAUCAAGUGAUUGCUGACAUGAUAAACCUUUACCAGACGUUCCUCUCAUCUCUACCAAGUGCUUAUUCCGACCUUCCGCUGGACGAAGUGCAAAGGUAUUUGAAGAAAAUAACAGUCCAUGGAAAAUCAGAGAUUGAACAGAAACUAGAUGCUUUGAAGAAAGAACGAGACGAAUAUAUUCACGACAUGAGAGCUAAAAGUGCAAAACCUUGUAAGCAGGCGAGCACGAAUAAGGAACCACCAAACGACUUCCGAGAACUCCAAAUUUGCCCCACCGUUCAAGAAUUGGCUUCAGAUGAAAAGCCCUUUCUUCGGGCAAAUGUCAAGAAGGGUAGUUACGAGGGUGUGGAACACUAUCUUGAUGUUCAGUUCAGACUUUACAGAGAAGAUUUUAUCACGCCUUUAAGAGAGGGAAUUCGAGAGAUCGUCAAGAAAAUCCCAAGAGCCGAGAGAGACCAAAAUAUCAAAACCUACGACAAAGUACAAAUAAAGAAAAAGAAAUAUUCCAGAAACGGUAUCAUCUACACGCUGCACUUCGAUGUAUCGAGGUUUAAAACUACGCGAUGGGAAAGUUCAAGAAGGCUGAUAUUUGGAUCCUUUCUCUGUCUCUCAAAAGAUAACUUUGCAAAUAUUAUAUUUGCAACUGUUGCCAAUCGAGAUCCAAAGGAUUUAGCAAAAGGCUUUCUGGAUGUAAGCUUUGUCGAAGGCCAAAAUGUUCAUGGAAUCGAACUUCGGAAAGCUGAUCAAUACGUCAUGGCUGAAUCCCCUGCAUAUUUUGAAGCUUACCGCCAUGUUUUAACUGCCUUGCAGAGCAUGCAUGAAGAAUGUCUUCCCUUCCAGAAAUAUCUYGUKGAGUGUAGUAAAGAUGUUGAUGCGCCUGCGUAUUUGAGAGAUAASRAGGAACCAGUKARGUAUGACCUCAGGGAMGCCYURGAMGUACCYCACGUACAAGAAGCCGCUGAUGUUGCUUUGUUACAGCCUGAUCAAUGGCCYRACGUCAGUCACCUCCCACUGAAUGAUUCCCAGUACGAGGCKCUAAGAACUGCCUUGACCAAAGAAUUCUCUGUAAUCCAGGGACCACCUGGGACAGGAAAGACCUACGUGGGACUGAAAAUCGCCCGCUGUCUCUUGACCAAUAGUCAUGCGUGGAAUCCAACACAGGACUCACCUAUCYUAAUGGUGUGYUUCACUAAUCACGCCCUGGAUCAGUUCCUGGAAGGUAUUCUUGAUUUCAUGCCGAAAGGAAUCAUCAGAGUUGGUUCACGCUGCAAAAGUGAAAGGCUGGAAAAGUGCAACUUAAAGAAUGACGUAAACAUAGGAUUUUCACAGCGUUUGGCUAAUAGGAUAAAACUUGAAAAGCAACAAGGACGGAUCGAAUCUACCAAGAAGGCCUUUGAAAAGUUAGAAACAAAUGAUGACAUCAUUGAUUUAAAAUCUCUAGAAGACAGCAACUGUAUUACCAGUGGGCAUUUGGAUAAUCUAUAUUACUCUAAUCUCUAUGACGAUCAAUGCCAAACUUUGCAGGACGUAUUUGAGUCAUGGAUUUGCAAUAAGUCAAACACAAGGUUGAAAAUUGACGACAGCGAAGUAACACCUGAGUUUAAACCAGGCUGCCCAGUGCCGAGCCAGAUGCAACCAGAAGUAGAAGAGGUACAAAACGAUGAAGAACGAACCGCUGCUGACGAACAAGGAUGGGGAGAAGCUGAUUUUUAUACGCAACCAAUACCUGAUGCUGGAGAAGAAUUGGAAAGUUCAGAGGACAGUGAUGACAUGGAUAAUAUUGAUGAUAAUAUAGAACAUCCAAAAGAUAAUCCAGGUGUGCUCAAAUGCGUAAGCACGCCUCAAACACCCAAUGACGAUGAGAAAUGUCAAGAAAAUCAAGGUUCAAGUGUUCAAGAGAAGACUAAUCAAACUUCUGUUAAUGGUUCCUUAACGAACAACAACGUAACUUCCCAAGAAGUCCUUGGUGAUAUAACGGCUCCUCAAGAUUUUGAAGAGAGAGAAGACGAUGACCAAGGUUGGACAGAGGUAAAAGGAAAAAAGAAAACUGUGGAUAAGUCACUGACAGAACCAACGGCAUCAAGAGAGAUUGAAAGUCAAGGGCCCCCUACACAACAAACAGAGGUUGCAAUUGGAUUGGAAAGCAAGGCAGAUGGUAGUGACGAGGCGUUAGAGACCAUCGAUAUCCAGCAAGAAUUGCUACACUUCGAGCAAUCACGGCACCUCGUAGGCGACGAAGACCGCUUUCUACCAAUCACCACAGAGUUCAGUUUCAGUGACCUAGAUGAUGAGAACAGAGUUCAAGAAGCUGAAAAAGAAAAUGUUGAAACAAACACGGUCAAGGUUAUCAAACGAGACGCAGUCAUUUCACGAGAAUUAUUCGAUCCAUCGACGAUCAACAAGAUUCUUGAAGAUCAGACUUCGGACAUGAAAGUAGAGAAGGAAAUGCACACCCAAACGGAACCUAAUGGGAGAGAGGCAAGUACAGCAAACCAUUUUGACAUUGAUCAAAAUAAAGGAAACAAGAAGAAAGAGAAAACCAAGAAUAAAACAAACAAGGCUACGCCUGUUGAACUACGAGAUGCCAAGACGAGGAUGAAAAGCCUUACAAAGAUGAGGGACGAGGAAAUUGAAGGUAUCGAAGACAUCUGGAAUCUUUCUCGCGAUGAACGCCUUCGUUUGUACCUGACUUGGAUGGAAUUGUUGCAAGAGUAUUAUAGACAAAAAAUAAUACAAGAAGAACAAGCAUAUGAUGGAGCGUGUAAAGAGAUCGAUAACAAUCGUAUGACAGUGGAAGAAGAGAUCUUAAAGAAAGCUAAAGUCAUCGGGAUGACAACUACUGGUGCAGCCAGAUAUCACUCAGUGCUUCAGAGAAUAAAGCCUCGGAUUGUCAUCAUCGAGGAAGCCGCUGAAGUCUUAGAGGCACAUAUAAUAACGUCAUUAGCACGUGACACUGAACAGGUCAUUCUGAUUGGCGACCACAAGCAGCUUCGACCAAAGCCAACGAUGUAUAAACUUGCAAUAAAGUACAACUUGGAGAUAUCUUUGUUUGAACGGAUGGUCUUGAACAAGAUGGACUGCAAGAUGCUGUCGAUACAGCACAGAAUGCGCCCUGAGAUUGCACAGCUGACAAAACGUAUUUACGAAGAUAAAAUCGAUGAUCACGCUUCUGUUACUGAGUUUGAAGACAUUCGUGGUAUGAAGACUAAUUUGUUCUUUCUUGACCACCGCCAAGAAGAAUCCUUCCAUGGUGGUCUCCAAAGCUUCUCAAAUAAACACGAAGCUGAAAUGAUGGUAGCUUUGUGUAGGUAUCUGCUACAGCAAGAGUACAAGCCCAGUCAGAUUACUAUUUUGACCAUGUACACGGGACAGCUUCUUGCAUUUAAAGAUAAAAUGCCACGGAAAGAAUUCCAAGGUGUUAGAGUAACAGUUGUUGACAACUUCCAAGGAGAAGAGAAUGACAUCAUUCUUCUUUCUCUUGUGAGAAGCAAUACGACUGAUAGCAUUGGAUUCCUCAAGGAGUCAAAUAGAAUCUGCGUUGCUUUGUCAAGAGCCCGUAAAGGUUUCUAUUGCAUCGGCAACUUUGCUCUUCUUUCCAAAGACCGCCUCUGGAAAGAUAUAUGUGAGGAACUAAAGAAGAAGGAUGCACUCAGUGACACAAUGCCACUGGCCUGUACAAUACACAGGAACAUUACUUUAGUAAGUAAGGCAAGUGAUUUCAUGAAAGUACCCCUCGGUGGAUGUGGAAGUCCUUGUGACUUGCGUUUACCUUGUGGUCAUUGCUGUCAACAAAAAUGCCAUGGAACCGACCCUGAGCACACGAGUAGCCGAAAAUGCCAAAGAGCGUGUUCCACGCUAUGCCCUGAAGAAACGCAUCGAUGCCAAUUAAGAUGUCAUCACCCUAAAGAGUGUGAUUUCUGCCCUGUUCCAGUGCCCAAAGUUUUCCCCGAAUGUGGCCAUGAAGUUAUGGUUGCUUGUGGAUUGGACCCCAAGACACAGAUUUGUGAUCACCUAGAAAACAAAACUCUCGUUUGUGGACACCAAAUAAACGUUCCUUGCUUCAUUAAUCCACUGAAAAGUUUGAAAAUACAGUAUUUUGAAAUAAGAAGUGAGAUUCGGGAGUUGGAAUGUGCAAGACGUACACGUAGGAAUUAUGCCUUUCGACGAUUUCAAGAAGACAAAGAAGCAGACGAAGACAAUGCGAAAUUACAUAUACUUCGUUGUAAACUAUCGAUGAUUUCAAAGCAUGGAGAGUUCUAUGAAAGCACAUUAUUGUGCGAGGAAAAAUGCCACUCGUUGUGUAAAAGAGGGAUGCACUUCUGCGAGAUGACAUGCCAUUACGGACAAAAAUGUGUACCAUGCAAAGUUGUAAUUGAAAACGAGAUCCCCAGGUGUGGUCACAGGGUCCAAGCAGCUUGUGGUAUCAAUUUUGAAACUUUAGUUUGUCAAGAGGUCUGCAGAAAGUUCCUUGAGUGUGGGCAUCCAUGCAAGGAAAAAUGCAUAGUUGACUGCACUACUUACCAAUGUCAAGUGCAGUGUCCAAAUAAAUGUGAAAAUAACCACCCUUGUCGGGAUACUUGUCAUUUUGGCAGGCCAUGUGGUGCCUGCAUGGUGAUCAUUGAAAAAGUCCUUCCUAACUGUAACCAUACCGCUCGUAGUGAGUGCCAUGUUGAAGCCUCCACUAUACCUUGCUUGAUGCCAUGUGAGAGGACCAGGAGUUGUGGACAUCCUUGUAAGAAGAAAUGCUGCGACCCAUGUAACACUUCUAAGUGUAAGAUAAAGCAGCUGAGAACUCUCCCAUGUAAACACGUAAAGUGGUUGAAGUGCAGCAUGGAUCCUUCUGAAUAUCUUUGCAAAGAAGAAGUGACAAAAGAACUGCCUUGCGGUCACAAGAUCCAAAUGGAGUGCAAUAUGGAUCCAUCCCAACUGGAAUAUGUUUGCAAAGAAGAAGUGACAAACGAACUACCGUGUCAUCACAAGUUGCAAAUGCAGUGCAACAUGGAUCCAACUAAAUAUCUUUGCAAAGAAGAAGUGACAAAAGAACUACCUUGCGGUCACAAGAUCCAAAUGGAGUGCAAUAUGGAUCCAUCCCAACUAGAAUAUGUUUGCGAAGAAGAAGUGACAAAAGAACUACCGUGUCAUCACAAGUUGCAAAUGCAGUGCAACAUGGAUCCAUCUAAAUAUCUUUGCAAAGAAGAAGUGACAAAAGAACUACCUUGCUGUCACAAGAUCCAAAUGCAGUGCAAUAUGGAUCCAUCCAAAUAUCUUUGUCAACAAGAAAUAACAAUGGAGCUACCAUGUGGUCACAAGAUCCAAAUGCAAUGCAAUAUGGAUCCAUCAAAAUACCUUUGUCAACAAGAAAUUACAAAGGAGCUACCAUGUGGUCACAAGACUCAAAUGCAGUGCAACAUGGAUCCAUCAAAAUACCUUUGUCAACAAGAAAUUACAAAGGAGCUACCAUGUGGUCACAAGACCCAAAUGCAGUGCAAUAUGGAUCCAUCCAAAUAUCUUUGCAAAGAAGAGGUAACAAAGCAAUUGACGUGUGGUCAUGACAACCAAAUGCCCUGUGAUUUCAGCUCAAAUGAUUUCCAGUGCAAAACAUUCGUAAGGAAAGAGCUGAAAUGUGGCCACAUCAAGGAGAUAUUGUGUUCCACACUCUCGAAUGCAACAGAAACAAUAGUUUGUGAUGAAAUUGUUGAGAAAACACUUCCAUGUCAACAUAAUGCAAAGGUACCGUGCUUCAAAGAAACCAAAGAUGUCGUGUGUACGAAAUUAGUUGAAAGAGAGCUUUCAUGUCACCAUCUAAAGAAAGUGAGAUGCCAUGAAAAAAAUAAUGAUAAUAAAUGCCAAGAAGAAGUACUCAAAACACUACCGUGUAGCCAUGUAAAGCAAAUGGCUUGUUAUGAAAACGCUGAUGACCCAAAUGUGCAGUGCAAUACUGUCGUAACGAAGAUACUCGAAUGCGGCCAUGAAAUUGAAGCACCUUGUUAUGUGGACAUUCAAACAAUCCCUUGUGAUAAGCUCACAGUUAAGGGUCUUCCUUGUGGAAAUGAUGUGAAAGCACUUCAUGAUGAUGUCGGUGUAAUUUCUAGUGCAGCGGAAACGAACAACCAACCUUUCAUUGACCAAGAAGACGAAGACGAACUACCCAGAAACAAUGACGCUGCUAUCCUCUCGUCUGAUCAACACACUACGGUAAACGAUGUUCUCCACCUUACAGCAAAGGGUCUUCCUCACCAAGAUAAUGUAGAAGCAAAUCAUGGUAGUCGUAUCAGUACAAUCUCUUGUAAAGAAGUCACAAACAACCAACCUUCUAGUGACCAUAAAGAGGAAACACCCAGAAACGAAGACGCUGCUAGACUCUCGCCUGAUAAAUGCACUUCGGUAAACAAUUUUCUUCAGAUUAAAGAAAAGGAUCUUAAUCGCGGGGAUGAUGUGCAAGCAUCUCAUGGUAGCCGUGCCAGUGCAAUCUCUAGUAAAGAGGUCACGAAAAACCAACCUUCCAAUGACCAUGAAGAUGAAACACCCAGAAACGAUGACGCUGCUACCCUCUCGUCUGAUAAACAUACUACGAUAAACAAUUUUCUCCAGCUUACAGCGAAGGGUCUUCCUCGCGAAGAUGAUGUAGAAGCACCUCAUGGUAGUCAUGUCAGUGCAAUCUCUCGUAAAGAGAUCACGAAGAAGCAGCCUUUUAGCGACCAUGAAGAUGAAAUAACCAGCAAUGUAGAAGUCGUUACACUUUCGUCUGAUAAAAACCCUCCGGUAAACAACUUUCUCCAACUUACAGCAAAGGGUCUUCCUCGCGAGGAUGAUGUGAAAGUACCUCAUGGACGUCCUGUCAGUGCAAUCUCUUGUGAAGAGGUCAAGAAGAAGCAGCCUUCCAGCGACCAUGGAUAUCAAAUAACCAGCAAUGUAGAAGUCGUUACACUCUCGUCCGAUAAAACCCCUACGGUAAACGAUUUUCCCCAGCUUACAGCGAAGGGUCUUCCUUGCGAAGAUGGUGUAGAAGCACCUCACGGUAGUCAUGGCAGUGCAAUCUCUCGUAAAGAGAUCACAAAGAAGCAGCCUUCCAGCGACCAUGAAGAUGAAAUAACCAGCAAUGUAGAAGUCGUUACAGCGAAGGGUCUUCCUUGCGAAGAUGGUGUAGACGCACCUCGCGGUAGUCAUGGCAGUGCAAUCUCUCGUAAAGAGAUCACGAAGAAGCAGCCUUCCAGCGACCAUGAAGAUGAAAUAACCAGCAAUGUAGACGUCGUUACACUCUCGUCCGACAAAAACCCUACGGUAAACGAUUUUCUCCAACUUACAGCAAAGGAUCUUCCUCACGAGGAUGAUGUGGAAGCACCUCAUGGACGUCGUGUCAGUGCAAUCUCUUGUAAAGAGGUCACGAAAAACCAACCUUCCAAUGACCAUGAAGAUGAAAAACCCAGGAAAGAUGACGCUGCUACCCUCUCGUCUGAUAAACACGCUACGGUAAACGAUUUUCUCCAACUUACACCAAAGGGUCUUACUCGCGAAGAUGAUGUAGAACCACGGAUCACGAAAAAACAGCCUUCCAGUGGCCAUGAAGAUGAAAUACCCAGCAAUGUAGACAUCAUUACACUUUCGUCUGAUAAGCGGACGGUGGCAAACGAUAUUUUUCUAAAUGACAACAAACUUGGAGAACCCUUACAGGAAGACAUUUCUUUCAACAAGCAGUCGAAGCAUUAUCAGGGAAGCCAAUUGCGAGGAACACCAUGCAAUGUAAAUCGAAAUACAGUGCUGUAUGAUAAGGAAGGGAUCAAACAACUGUCAUGUGGCCAUCAAUACCCGAUGUCCUCCAAUGAGGAUUCAAGUAAAAUCUACUGUAGUAGACUGAUAAAAAAAGAACUGCCUUGCGGCCAUGAAGUAGAAGUAUUCUGCAACGAUGACGUCAACGCAAUAUCAUGUCAUGUACUCAUGAAAAAGAAGCUUUCCUGUGGACAUGAAGUUGAAGUUCCCUGCAAUGUUGAUGUUAAUACGAUUUUGUGUGUCGUACCAGCAAGAAAGAGGCUUCAGUGUGGUCAUAUGAAAGAGUUACCAUGCAGUGCAAACAUUACUACUGUGUAUUGUGAUAUACCUGUGGUCAAGCAAUUGCCUUGUGAUCAUGAAAUUGAGCUGCCCUCCCACAAGACCCAGGAAGAGUAUAUCUGUCAACGGCCAUGUGAGAGACUUCUUCCAUGCAAUCACCAAUGCAAGCAGAGAUGCUCUGAAAAGUGUGACCCAAAGCUUUGCACAGAACCUACAAGCAAGAAAGUACCUUGUCCAAGCAAGCACAAAAUAACCGUUCCUUGCAACGUGAAAGUUCAAGAGACAUAUGUUUGCAACAGAGAAGUGACCAAACCUCUUAUCUGUGGUCACCUAUGGAAAGGAGAGUGCAGUAAAAGCACUUUGCCGUUUCGCUGUGAGGUAAUGGAAUCUCGUGUUCUUGCCUGUCCUGCUAAACAUCGGGUAAAUCUGGCGUGCUACGUAGAUGUCAGGAAAAUACCUUGUAACGAAAAGUGCUCCAAAACACUUCGCUGUGGCCAUCCUUGUACGUUAUAUUGUGACGAACCUUGUAAUCCUAGAAAAUGCAAUGAACGUGUUCCAAAGACAUUUAAGGAGUGUGGUCACACAAAAUGGCUGCCUUGCGGAAUAUUCUACAGAGCAAUUUGUCUGUACGAAUGUCGUCGACCUCUAAAAGGUUGUGGUCAUCCCUGUCGAGGUGUAUGUGGUAAACCAUGCAACAAGCCGUGUCUUUAUGAAGUACUCAAAACACUACCAUGUGGCCACAAACUGAAAAUGAAAUGCUGUGAUCCAGUGGAAUAUGUACGAUGUCCUUUACCUUGCACUGAAAAACUAGAUUGUGGACAUAUCUGUACAGGGAACUGUUUGACUUGUAAAGAGAAAGGAGAGCAUGAACUGUGUCCACUGCCUUGUGGACGUACUCUCUUGUGCUCUCAUCGCUGCAAUGACUACUGCUCAGAUCCUUGUCCCCGUUGUGACCGAGAAUGUCGUGGAUGGUGCCCGCAUGGCAGGUGUCAAGGAAACUGUAGUGAAACUUGUGAACCGUGCAACAUGCCAUGUGCCAAUACAUGCCCUCAUCUUACAUGCAACAACUUGUGCCAUGAGUUGUGUGACCAUAAUAAUCCAUGCAAUCAGCCUUGCCAUAAAAUGCAUUGGGUUGUGUGGAGAAUCCUGUCCAACCUUGUGCUACGUGUGUACGCCGGAGAAAGUGGCGGCUGUUUCACCAAACAGGCAGAGAAACAAAAAAUUAAGAUUCAUCCAGCUCAAGGAAUGUGGCCAUGUCAUCGAGGUUAAUCGUAUGGAUGACUGGAUGGAAGAGCAUCUUGACACAGCAACAAAUGGCCAAGCCCAGCCUCAUCGCUGUCCCAUAUGCUCUGUACCAAUCUAUUUCAGUUUCCGUUAUUGCAACAUCGUCCGAGAGGCUUUACAAAGGAUGUUUGAAUCUGACUAUUUCAAAGAAGCAAGGGCAUAUCCGCGACCCCAUACCACUGUUAGAUUUAAUCACAGAAAGAAAUCACGUUUUGCCAACGCAAGGUCUUCGUAUAAUUUUCAUUAGAUGUAGGUAGGGUAUAGGAACACAUCAGGACUUUCCAAUAAGUUACACAAUAAACCAAAAGUACGAGCGAGAAAAAUUAUGUAAUGUGCUCAUACCAAUGGUAGAGAACGAAGACUACAUCACAGAAAGAAAUCACGUUUUCUCAACAAAAGACCUUAGUAACAAAAUCAUGACGCUCCCGAAUAGCUAGCUAAUGGUAAACUAAAAGUAUGAUGAAGAAUGAUGAGGUGAGAUCAGCAUUCCAAGCAACAACAAAAAACUUUAAUUUUUCUUACUUAAGAUUUCAGUGCGAUACAAAAGGUUAGUUCUUUAGAUUUACUUAGUUUAAAUCGAAAAGAAUUAGAUAAGAAGAGAUGAUCUGUUAACAGCCAUUCUAUUCUCUCUAGAGUCAGUGGAGUUGGUUUUUCAGGGUGGGCAAAAACGCCAAACAUCUAAAAAUCAGAAAAAAUAAACAAAAAAUCGUGAACGCUGACCUUUGUUUAGUAACCAAGAUACAAGAACGUUCAAACUGAAAUGGAAAAUUAGUUAAACAAUAUCGAUUUCAGAUGCUUCUUUUGCCACCGUAUUUGUUCCAGUGCUGGAUGGGUGGGGAAUGGGGACAAGUUUUUUAAAAAGUGGACUGACUCUGGAGAAAGUGGGACUGUCAACAGUCUAAGAUACUAUUCACACUACACUAACUAGCUAUCAUACUGUCUUUCUCUUACCCUACUUAGUGGUUCUAAUGCACCUUGUAUGUACCCAGCUUGUAAGUCUGUGUUCACUGCUGCCGUAUUUCUGCAAAGAAAACUAACAUGUUAAACUUCCAAUGUUGAAGGCCUUUUUAAAAAAAAAGUAAAUAUCCUUUUAACACACUAUAUCAAUGAAAGAUUAUUAUAUACUAUAACUAGUUAGUAAUAAGUAAUAAGUUAAGGAUACAUGACACAAUUUUGCUUCAAGAUAUACAUUUUUUUUAAACAGGCUUUAUUAUUCAAGUGUAAAAUCUUCAAUUUUUUGAAAAAAUUAAGUUCAAAAGUAUUUUAGAAAGGGAAAUAUUAAAAAAAAGCAUUUUCAAUAGUCUACAUUAGGUGUUGCCUCAUUGACAGGAGCUGUCGCUCAUGAGAUAUUUGCCAUUUUUUAAAGAAUUCGCCUUAAAACACAAAGGUCUAACUUAAGAAUUAAAAAAUAAUGAUGCACCAAAAGAAAAAAACAUACACACUUUGAUAGACGACAACGUCUGCGUAAUGAGAUGCAAGAUAUUAUUAUUAAUUAUUAUUAUUAAUUAUUAUUUGCUUGUAAAGCGCUUUUGGACAUUUUAGGAAAGGGCGCUAUAUAAAUAAAAUAUUAUUAUUAUUAUUUAA